AUGUCAGUUUCAACCAAUAACACAUUAUUAGAGGAACAAAAAAGAAAAGAAGAAGACUUCAACACUAGUCAAAGAAGUGUACACUCUUUAUCCUCAGAUGCUGGUACAUCUUCGCCUACUUCACAAGAUCCUCAACCUUUUCUGAAAGAUCAAGAAACCAAAAAUAAACAUAAUAACAAUGAUGAUGGUGAGAAAGAUGAUAAUGAGGAUAAUAAUGAUGAAAAUCAAUUGAAACAAAUACCUACACAACAGUCAUUAAGUAAAAAACUUGGUGAUUCCCAUGAUAAUUUAUUAGCUCCUACAGAAUUAAAGAUUGUGCUGCUGGCCAUGUCACUUUCCUUAAUGGUUGCUUUUAUUGAUCAAAAUGGUAUCGCUAUCGUUUUACCUUCUAUUGCAGAUGAAUUAAAUGCAAAUUUAACAAUUUCUUGGGCUGGUACCUCACAAUUAAUUGCAAAUUGUUGUUUCCAAUUAUUAUAUGGUCGUCUUGCUGAUAUCUUUGGUAGAAAAUAUGUUUUAUUGGCCUGUAUCAUAUUGUUAGGAUUCUUUGAUUUAGCUUGUGGUUUAGCUAAAACUGAUGUUCAAUUUUUCGUUUUUAGAGGUAUUACUGGUAUUGCAAAUGGUGGUGUUACUUCAUUAGCUAUGGUCAUUAUGAGUGAUCAUGUCACAUUAAAAGAUCGUGGUAAAUAUCAAGGUUAUUUAACCUCAAGUAUUGGUAUUGGUAACGCUAUUGGACCAUUCUUAGCUUCAGGUUUCCAACAACAUAGUAACUGGAGAAAUUAUUACUACACAUUAUUUUCAAUUGUCACCGCUAGUUCAGGUUUAAUUUGGUGGUACUUACCAAACUCUCAUUCACCAAUCAGUAUCAAAGAAAAAUUAUUGAACAUUGAUUAUUUGGGUUUCCUAUUCAGCUCAGUUGGUUUGAUUUUAGUUUUGAUUCCAAUCAAUGGUGGUGGUUUAACAUUCGCAUGGGAUGAACCAAAAGUUAUCAUCAUGUUUGCUGUUGGUGGAUUCUGUUUAUUAACAUUCCUAGUCAUUGAAUGGAAAGUUGCUAAAUUACCAAUGCUUCCAUUUAGAUUAUUCACUUCACCAACUUUAUGUAUUGUUUUUGUUCAAUGUUUCUUAUUUGGUCUAUGUUAUUAUCCUUUAUUCUACUAUUACACAUAUUAUUUUGAAGUUGUUAAGGAUCUUUCCCCAAUAAUCACAGCUUGUUUCUUCUUAUGUGUUGUCUUGCCACAUGCUUUCAUGUCUGCAAUGUCUGGUAAAAUAGUCACCAAAACUGGUCAUUAUAAUCCAGUUUUAUGGGCAGGUUAUACACUCUGGACAUUAGGUUUUGGUUUGUUAUCCGGGGUUGUUAAAGUUAAUACGCCAUAUGUCGGUAUUGCAUUCAUUAUGAUCUUGAAUGGGUUAGGUCAGGGUAUGACUUUCCAAAACACUUUAAUUGCUGCUUUAGCACAUUCAAAACCUCAAGAUCGUGCAGUUGUCAUUUCAACUAGAAAUGUGCUUAGAUCAUUUGGUGGUUCAUUUGGUAUGGCAUUCAGUUCAUUAAUUUUCGCAACAUCAUUUACAAAAGAUAUCAAUUCAAAUAAAUUCAUAAAUGAACCAGCUCAAUCACAUUUAAAAUCAUAUUUGAAAGAACAUGUUUACUCAAAAGUUGAUUUAAAUCAAAUAAAGGUCAGUUCAGAACAACAUUUAUACAUCAAAGAGUUAUACAAUAGUUGUACAAAGAAUGUCUUCACAUUUUGGGCACCAUUAAUUGGUACUUGUUUUGUCUUGUCAUGGUUCAUUAAAGAUCGUGGUGUAGCUUCAAAAUCUGAUCAAGAAAGAGAAAAGAAAAUACAAGAAGAAAAAGAAGCUGCUAAUCCUCAACAAAAGGUAUAA